CUCGCUUCCCUUUUUUUUUCCUAACCACUGUGUUCAUCUAAAUGUAAUGAAACAUCCCAAGGGUAGGGGUUUUUGUUUGAUUUUUAUACUGUCCAAUUUCAGCUCUUUAAAAAUAGCAAUGAUUAUAAUAUUAUAAUACAGUCAUAAUUGUACACAUCAAAUGGGACCUUUUUUUGGCUCGAGCAUGGCUACCUUUGGCCAAUUGAAAGCUAUGGAAACUACAUUUUCAAUUCCUUUUUAUUUACUGGAUCGAAUCAUACAAUUUGUGUAAUAUGGGUUUCAUUCCAGACUCACCAUUUUCUUCUUUUUCUUUUUUUUAUAUUUCUACCAUAUUGCAUCAAUUAUACAUUUUUGGACAAUUUUGUGUAAUAUUCUUAGUUUCCAAAAGAGGAUUUUAAUUACUUACUGUAUGUGAAGCAAUUUUAAUUUUAAGAAGUACAAGAUACCCUUUGGUGGGUAUUAAAAAAAAAAAAAAAAAAAAAAAGUGGUACUGAGAAUAUAUAAAAUCACUUUUGAGGUUGUUUUAUAACCUGCACAUUGUGCAAUCCAACUAGAAUUGGAAGGCUACAAAAAUAAAUAAUGAAUGUAUAUUAAUGAAAACAACUGAUGUUAGUUUAAAAAAAAAAUAAAUAAAAAAAUCUCACAUCCCGUAAGAGGAUUUGAAUACAUUGAAAUGGAAAAUUGUUAUGGCCUGAUAAUGAUCUGCUUGCUUCACAUGUGGCUGGAAGGGAGGCAAGUGUGUGUGUGUGUGUGUGUUUUAAAGCGACACGUAUAUUGCCAAAUCGACGAGCAGUGAUGAUGUCAACGGAUGUGAAAAGGUGCUUCAUCCAUGGCAAAAAAAAAAAAAAAAAAGAAUUCUAAAAGAAAAUAACACGCACACUAAAUAAACACUUGCCACUCAAUGAAAACAAGCAGGGAGCCACUAUACAUAGCACAACCUCCACUUACGCGACAACAGAGCAAACACUGAACAGGAGAGUAAAACAAAUACUGCAAAUAUUAAGGCGGAACUAAUACUUUAGUGCAUUUUGUUGUAAACCCCAGCACAAAGUUCCCAUCAACCUCACAAGAAUCAGUCAGAACCACGAAACAAUUUACUACGCACUAUAAAGGAAAUACCUCUGGUCAAAAGUUGUUUUUAGCCAACGUGACGAAUUAUGAUAGAAGCCUGUCCGACCCGGCGUUCGCGUGCGCUUGAGUUGAUUGCAUGCGUCUAGCUAACAUUAGUUCACCUUAGCACAAGACAAAACAAAGCUAGCCCCCAACAGUUACCUUAACAUAGAAGAUGUUUAGCUACGGUUAUGGUCAGGCUUUAGACGACAAUGAAAUGAGUCUCCAUCUUUAUGUCGCUGGUGGGUUUCUCCCCCGGGUGGUCACAUUAGGGUUGUUGUUGUUGUUGUUGGCGGUGAACGACCAUCCUGUGUACCAACUGGUUGUUCACCUGCCUCGUGGCAAAACAGCUCGUUAAUGAGACAAUCUUUGGGUUAGAGCAUGUUCCAAACAGGUGGCCCGGGGGGCCAAGUCUGGCCCACCCCAUCAUUUUAUGUGGCCAGCAAAAGCAAAUAAAAACUGGCAAUUGUGUGCAAUUGUAAUAACUUUACAAUUGCACACUUAUAAUAUUCUGCAAGAAUUAAUAAUAAUAAUUCUGCAAGAAUUAUUAUUAUUAUUUUUUUGUUACCAAUGUGACCAACCAAUUUGAUGAUGAAAUCAUGGAUUAAAAAAAGCAAUAUAAAGCACAGGCCAGAGAACUAAAAUUGAAAAUACUUGUAUUUAAUUUUUAUUAUAUUUUCUUUACUCUUCAUAACGCAGUUGAGGCGCUGCCUCCCCUAACCGCACAUCACUGAAAUAAGGUUUAAAGUCUGCAUAUCGCCUGCCGUCCAAUCUGUCCGAGUUGGCCUACGGGAGGAAGUCAGGUUGUAUUGAUGGAAUUCAGUUAAUAGAUUAGGAUCAUUAUCAGCGUGACUUUGACUUUGACUCGUGUGGCCUCCGUUUCCAACACGCAACCUCCCCGCCAGCCUUAAGAUGGCAGCAUGCUCCCGCACAUGCUCUCAAAGAGUUACACCUGAUGCUGUCUGUGUGCAUUACAGGCGUUAAGAGGACCUGUUCAAGACACAACACAGCCCGUUGGACUGUGGUUAUUAUUCUGCACCAAGACGCAGCCACCUGUAGCUGACGAUUCCGUGUAGGAACGUCUGCUUGGCUUGGAUUCCAGCUGCGAGUCAAAUCCACAAGGACAGCGUAAUGACAUCGGCACCCGUUCACCGGAUCCUACGACCGCUUCUUCUGGGCACCGUCAUCCUAGGAUGCUUCGUGACUCUCUUUUUGAUGUACUUUAAGCCAUCCACCGGCUGGCUGUCAGGUCCUGUGGAGUCCACUGCGUCCAGCGAGCGCGUCAAGGGCGUCUUCUACGCCAAGAGCGACCGCAACGUGACCACGGUGCUCAUCUGGCUCUGGCCCUUCGGACAGACGUACGACCUCAACGUGUGCGGCUCGCUGUUCAACAUCGACGGCUGUUUCGUCACGGCCGACCGUAACCUCUACAACAAGUCGGACGGCGUCCUCAUCCACCAUCGUGACAUCUGUUCCGACUUGUCCAACCUGCCGCCGCUCCAGCGUCCGUCCUUCCAGAAGUGGAUCUGGAUGAACCUGGAGUCGCCGUCGCACUCUUCCCAGCUGGCUGGCAUCGAGAACAUCUUCAACCUGACGCUCAACUACCGCCGCGACGCCGACAUCGAAGUGCCUUACGGCUCCGUGGUUUCCACCGGGGGCGAGGACGACUUCGUCCCGCCCAGCAAGAACAAGCUGAUCUGCUGGAUCGUGAGCAACUGGAACCAAGAGCACGUGCGUGUCAAGUACUACAACGAGCUGUACAAGCACAUCGAAGUGCACGCGUACGGCCAGGCGUUCGGCGAGUACAUCGCGGACCAGGACUACUUCCCCACCAUCGCCAGCUGCAAGUUCUACCUGGCGUUCGAGAACUCCAUCCACAAGGACUACAUCACCGAGAAGUUCUACAACCCGCUGGCCGUGGGCACCGUACCCGUGGUGCUGGGCCCGUCGCGGCAGAACUACGAGAACUUCGUCCAGGGGGACGCCUUCGUCCACGUGGAUGACUUUGCGUCGCCUAAGGAGCUGGCCGACUACCUGCUGCUACUGGACAAGAACGAGGAGAUGUAUCUAAGAUACUUUGAGUGGCGGCGGCACUUUAAGGUGAAGAAGGCGCUGUUCUGGGCGGAGCACACGUGCCUGGCGUGCGACUACCUGCGCAGGCACAGGGAGUACAAGACGGUCAAGAACCUGGACAAGUGGUUCUGGGGCUGAGCCAGUUUGUGUCACUGAUGAAGGCUUUAUGACUUUAAUUCAUCAGACUCGCCAAAAUCCUUCCCCGGAGCUUGCACAUUUGGUUUUUGCAUUGAUUCAGUGACCAAUUUGUUUUUAACCUGUGCCAAUUUUUGAUAAGCCUUAUUUUUACAUUUCUCCUGUCCCCCGCAAAGCGACGCCUAUGAACACAUUCGACAGCGUUUCUUAUCAGCGAUCAGCGAUCCUUCCACUUUUUGGAUUUUGCAAGACAUCUAAUUCAGAAUACACAAUUAUUAUAUCUAAUGUAGAAUUCCGGGGGGGGGGGGGUGGGGGGGUUACUCCCAGCAGCUACGAA